UCUGUUUCCGAAGGUAGUGUGGCAUCUGGGGUUGCUCCGCUCACACUCUCUCCCUCCCUUUGCAUGACCGAGGUCGCGGUGUUCAGCGUGGGAUGACACCCCGUUGCCCUUCCUGUGUAUAACGCGCUAAUAUCUUCUAGGAAUAACUAGGUGUUACCGUAACUAGGUGUGCAGAAGAAGAAAUAUCCGUUGUAGGGAUAUCUGUAUAUUUAUAAAUUUGUUUAAAACAAGUGUCGGCAAGUGUCAGCAAGAAUAAUUCUGUAAUGAGACAAGAAUCUUAACUGUGCUGCACAACGCAAUGAGCUCAACGUUUUAACUGUGGAAGAAAGAGCGACCGGCCAUGUCGAGCGGCGCGGGCGUCCAGCUUCGGCUCUCCUUGUGGCGGCACUGGCUCUCGCAUCUGCGCCAGUGGCCAUGGAUUGUGAGUAUCCUAGUAGUAGCAGUCUUGCCUUUCCUACUGCUGGUACUGCUUAAGAUGACCGUCCCGCCUAUUCAAGAGGACACGUGUCACUUCCUGUCGCGUUCGGUGUCGAGCAGGUCUUCGUUGGUACUCAUGCAGUCGUUCGUGUGCAGCCUGCCUAACAACUGCCACGAGACCGCCAAUGACGACACAGUGGACUACUUUCCAGGGGCAGCGAUAAAUUCCCUGCUCAACGACACGUCCUGGAUGGAGGCUACGGGCGAGAGCAAGGGCGGGAUGCUCAGGAUGCUGUCGUCUGUCCCCACGAGCAUCUCCCGCCUCACCAUGCUCGCGGAUCUGCUCAAAAACCCUUUGCUCAGGGAUCUCAUGGAAAACGGGUUAUCAGUGAGCGACGUGAUACAUUCCCCGGGGAAACUCAAUGAAACGCUCGUUACGGAGUUUAAUUUCGACCCUGCCGUUGUGUCUGCCAUUUUGGGCGCCAGGAUUAACAUGUCUAGGGUGAUGUCCCUGGUCGGCUACCGCGACAUCCACAGCGUGGUGUGUUCGCCGGAUCAGCUGGGGCAGUUCCUCGUCACGCCCACCAGCCAAGACGUGGCCAGCAUCUCCGCCUCCCUCUGCAGCCUCUCUCCCAACAUCACCGCCAACAUCACGAGGGUUUUUACCGACGCUCUGGAUGCGAUGGGGCUCUUUAACAAGGUUUCCGACGUCCUCGGAGCCAUCGGAGGCUACGAGGCAGAGUCGCUCGUGCAGCAGCUGGGGGCGAUGCUGGCUUCCCUAGGGCGUCUGGAGUCCCUCGCGCCCCUCGCCUCCACCUUCAGUAGCCUUAGUCACGCCCUGGAGCCUAUUACCUCUGCUAUUACGGAACUCACGGACGCGGGCUGGACGAUGGAGAGCAUGAAGAACUUGAUAAGCGUUCUCGAGGGCUUCGUGACGGACCCCCAACUCACCUCUCUCGGCGUGAGGUUGCUGCAGAAUGUGAACAGCCUUACCUCCGAAGUGAACACGGACGUGCCUGACCCAUGGAAAAACAUCUUGAUCAAAGCAGGAGAAGUGAUCGACACCACAGGGCAUGAGGUGAUGGAGGUGACGGAGGCUAUGAAGGAGGACUCCACCACGCAGACAGCCCUUGCGUUGGCCACCUCCCUCCUGCCCGCCUUCAUGGGGCCCGAGGCACCGAAUGUGACGAGCCUGGGCGGCGCCUUGGCCGACGCCCUGCAGCGCCUUCCGGCUGAAGCGCAGAGCCACGUGGUCAGUGCGCUCGCCUCUGCGCAGUUGAUCGCCGCGCUCUACACCAACGCGACCCGAGCUACCAGUAUUCUGGUCCCGUGGGUUAUAUCAAACCCCCCAGCCGUGAAUUAUGGAUUGAUGGCAACCUUCUCUAACCACACUUUACUCCAGAAACUGAUAUCGGAGAACAGCCUGGCGACGUGGGUGUGCAGCCGAGAGUCCUGGGCUGACCUGUCGGACGAGGGCUGGCAGAGCCUCUCCGCGCAGAUGUGCACUGACUCGGGGCGUAACAAGCUGCAGGAAUUAAGGGACCUCAUCCACUCGUAUUUUAAUCAGGACUUCAUAAAGAAUGAGCUCCCUAAAUCCUCGAUAAACGGAACCGCCGUCGUUGAGGUCUUCUGGAAAUCCUAUGAGGCCAGUCAAACCCUCAAUGCCAUGAUGACGUCAUACAUUACGUCACUCAGGAGGAAGAGGUCACUGGGGGACCUCGGCGCCGCGCAGUCUGAGAUGCCCGCCACGCCCCCAGAGGUCAUCCAGGAGCUGAAGGAUGCCGCCAGGAUGACCCGACGCCUGCUCAAGAAUGUGUUAACAGCCUCCUCCGACCUUCUGAAGUCUGAACUCGAGAAAAAUGGGACUUCCUUCCCCUCGCUGCCGCACCACAUCAAGGUCCUCCUCGACCCGAACACCAUGAUGCACGUUGCAGAUGCGACCUCGUCUGUAGUGGAGGUCAUGAUUCAGCUGAUCGAGGUGACCUCCUCCCCGUGGAAGGUCAUUGACCUUGUACUCCAUCCUGCUGUGGAAGGUCUCCUCCAGAAGGUCUUGCCGACUGCUGUAUUGGACGUGGUACAAAGCAUCCUCGACUUCAUGGAAAACAACACCAUAAGUGUACCUGCGCCUGUACCGCAGAUCGUGCAGGUACUCAACGCAAGCCAAGCUCUUCUCACUAAGAUCAAAGAUACGUCGUCGCUGUGGGGGGAGAUGCAGCGCAGUCUGCCUUACUCUGCCGGUCUGCUGAGGCAAGCGGGGAUCCUGCCCAGGCUUCUCGCUCUGCCUUACCUCUGGCUGCUCGAGGGGGUCCCGCAGGGCGCCAUCACGCUCCUGAGCAACGCGACAGCCUGGCGGACGUACCCCUGCGGCGAGACAUCCUUGGCGACCUUCUUCCCCGCGUCCUCCGAGGGCUUGCCUGCGACCUGGGCCUCCCUUGACCGCAUCAAGGCCGAGGUCAGGAAGGUCGAGGACUACCUCUGCCACAACUACAGCGCCGUCGUCAGUGAGGUCGCUUCGGAUGCUAAAUUGACGAAUAGCGUCAGAGCUUUGGUGGAGGACAUGAGACCAGGUUCCAUCGAGAUCAGCGGCACCAUCGAGCUCCUGCAGACCCUCCCCGAUCUGGUCAUGUCUCUGGAUCUGAGCCAGCUGCUUCAGGAGGUGACCACGCCCGGAGGAGUUUCUCUUCAGCAGGAGUUCGCCGAUUCUUUCGUUGGGAAUUUUCCUCGAGAGGAUACUGGCAGCGUUUUGGUGGGCCUGCUGGACAAGGCCCUGCUGCACCUGGCUGCGGACUCCCGGACGGCCGCCGCAGUGAGCAGCAUCCGCCUGGGAAUGUUCCAUGCGCAGGCCAUCGCGAGGGAGCUCACGGCGAUGCUUGAAGCUAAAGUGACUCUCGGUGCGAUUCUCGGUGUUCCGGACGACUAUCCUCCGCUCGUCCUUCUCCAGGAGGAUCCCGCCGGCACUGCCUCCUUCCUGGUGGACGAAAUUACUUCCCUCGCCAUGUCAGUCCUUUUGGACAAUAAAGUCGACUUCGAGUGGGUGGGCGGGAUGUGCAACAGGAGCAAGGGUGUGAGCAGCAUCGUCCAGCUCGUGUGUUUCCUGCUUGACAACCCACAGCCGCCAGUGAUGUAUUCAAACCUCACCGCCAUCUUCACUACAGCCGUGGAGAACUUCGCGAACCCGAAUGGAGUCGUCCCGCAGGUGGAGACGAAGGACGUGCUUGAUAGUGUAGCUCUGAUGGUGGACCGUCUGCGGGCCUUUGAUGUGAGCCGCCUCUUGGACUUGGGUUUGGUGAAGGCCUUCUUUAACGCUUCCAUGGCGGAACUGGAGGUGUUCAAGGCGGGACUCCUUGACCUGCAGAAGCAAUGGCUCUGGAAGGCUGCAGACGCGGCUGUGUUGGAGAAUAAGAACAUGUCUGAGGUGGCAAGGAAGGCUGGCGUCGUUCUCACGUACAUCCUGCAGUGGCUGCCCGCCUCGCCAGAAAACGUAAGCUCGUUAAUCCCCGAACCUCUGCUGAACCUCCACCACCUCCUCAAUACCACCUGGAUAGACCUUCUCGACGGACUUCACCAUAACCUCAUGCUCAACCCCGGCCUCGUCAACCUCACUCUGCCAGAAGUUUGUUCCUCGGCCUCUAACCUCCAGGAGCCAUCGGGAGGGACUGGAAAUUUCCUAGAAACAAUUGGGACUCUCUGCCAGCUGGUCUCGGAUCUCGCCGCGGAAGACUGGCUGCAGAUGAGUCAGCUGUUGAGGGAUUUAGAGACUGACAGAGGACGUAAUAACCAACAAUCGGUGACCAAGGGAAUCUACGACCUUGGCCAAGAAGUGUUCGAUCGCCUGCGCGCCGUCCUGGAGGGAGCGGGUCAGUCGUUGAUGUCCGAUUUCUUGCUCCAACUGCAGUCGUAUCUGAGUUGGGGAAACUGGGAGGAACUCUUGACGAGAAUUCAAGCGAGGAAGGAAAACAGCACGUUAUCGGACCUGAUGCCCCCGCUGGAGAUGCUGCUGAGAGGGCUGGAGGGCGCCACGGACCCCAACGCCCGCUCUCACGUCAUCAGGGCCGUGUCCUUGAAGGUCGCCCUCGGCCGGUUCUUGCUCGCUGACAACAUCCGGGAUCUUCUGGACGGGACUUCAACGCUGCGAAGUCUUGCGGAGGCGAUGACGUCACAGCUGCCGUAUGCCCUGAGGGACGUGGUGGUCGCCGUGGCACAGGAGCCCAAGGAGGUGGCCAAAGUGAUCGAGUCCCUCAGCAGAGACUCGUGGGCCUCCGUCUGUCAGAAGGACCUCGAGAAAUUUGGCCAGUCUCUUCAAGCUUUUAAGGACAGCGUCUGCCAAGUGAACCCUCAGGCAAUCGCUGGCGACUUCAAUAAGCUUUUGAAAAUUGACGUCCUUCAGGGUUUCACACCAAUAAAUCUUGAAGAGGUUCUCAACGCGAGCUUGAAUUUGGCGGGGGAUUUGAAAAGCCAAGAAUCACUCCUUCGGAAAUUCGAAGACCCGGUGACCUACCUGGGGCUGGAGACGUGGCUCAACAUCCACAGUCUUGUGUUUAAUGUUACGGCGGACGAGAUGUGGGAAAAUAGCACCAUGAUCCUAGCGACCGCAUUGGGGCCCCUCGUGAACCUAAGCUUCGAGUUGAGCCCAGAGGAAACGGAGGGCUUGAAAGAGGUCCUGGCAGAGGCUGGGAGGUACUUGAGGGGCAUCAAGUUCUUCUUGGCACUGGCUCGGGGCGGUGACAUGUGGCAGUUCAUCAGGGAGGUAUACGUGGACAAACCUGUGGUGGUCAAAUUCUUCGACUUAGUAGAGAAACUUCCCGACUUCUUCUACGAACAUGGCAUGUUCUACGGAAACUUCACUGUGAUGUCUCAAGUCAUACUGCUGGGCAGUGACACGCCUUGCAACCUGCUUUUUUUCCUGCUGGACGGCCACCGAGACCUCAUGAAGAACGAAAGCGCUGCCCUGCUGAGGGAGGUGUUCCAGUUCGUGUGUGACACUCAGCAGUUAUCGCUUCUGCAAUCUCAGCUUAUUCCCAGUACUCCCCCUGUCAUUGCGAACGUCACUAUGGAAGUCGACGCAGCUACCCUGGGGCUCCUCGUCGACCACGUGGCCUGGGACGUCGUGAAGAUCGCCCAGGGAAGGUUCUUGGAGGGUGACGUACAGCUCCCCCUCUGGCUCCAAAGGCAGAGCUGGGAGAAGGUCUUGCUCAUGCUGGAACAUUACCAAAAAGAAACAACCAUCCAGGAUGUGGUCGUGCUGUUGGCCGGCCUUGGGCUGGACGCGGCGCGGCUUCGUCUGGACCAGCAGUACAUCGUCCCUGCUGCCGGGCUGGUGUUCAACCUCGCUUCCCGCUUCGUCGCCGCCGUCGAUGAAAACACCGGGGAGCUCGACUUGGACGUGUUUACGAAAGGUUUGGGUUCUGUGACGAAUCUGCAGCAGAAGGUGGUGCCGAUGCUGGCCGAUCUCGUGGCUCUCGCUCUGUGGUUCCCGGAGUGUAAAAUGUACUAUGGCCUGCUAUCAGGUGUUCCCCCGAUGGAGCAGUAUGAAAACAUGUGUAAAGGUGAUGUUAAGGAAUACCUGUUGCACCCGAGCCUGAGUGAAGCGAGGUGGCAGACCGUCCAAGAGCUCCUGUGCACCACGAACUUCGGCGACCUCCAGAACGACCUUGCGCCCCUCUUCAACACGACGCCCAUCGUGGACGGCAUCGCCGUGAAUUGGGCGCUCGUGGGCUCGGAGGUACAGAAAGCCAUGUGGACGUUUAGUGUGGAAGGGCUUGCCUUUUUGAACGUGUUGGACGGCAAUCCUUACUUUCAGUCGCUGGAGAACAUCACAGCAGGACUGGCUCGAGGCCUCGUCAUGGCCACAGCAUCCGUGGUUCCCUUGGUGAAGCAGGGACCCACCCACGAAAUGCAGCGCUACGCCGAGGUUCUCAUCUCCAUCAUGGUGGCGUUAGAACCCAUUUCCAAGCCAGGCUCCCCGAGGUUGUCCGAGCGCCUGCAGGACCCAGACCAGAUGCAGGCCCUGUUGGAGGAAUACACGCAAGCGAUGCAGGAUUUCGGCGCCAGGAGAGCAGAACUACAGCUGCAGUACCAACUACACAUGGGCUCGGUCCUCGUCGACGGCGUGGGAGCAGAUGACGUCAUACCCUCCCAGGAGAGUGCCAUGAAGAACGCCAGCCUCGCAGACCUCUUGGCCGAUUUCAGGGCCUCUGUUAUGGCGGCCUCAGGGAACCUCGUGCCGGGAGAUUUGGCCUCCUUGCCCUCCUUCCCGAGCUUUGUCUCCAGAGUGAUGGAAAAUGUGAUGGCGAAUUGGGCUACUGUGGUCAGAAUAGCCGAAGAACCUUUGUGUGAGAGCAUUGUGUCAACGGAACAGGCCGUGUCCAGUGUGCGCUUUGGUUCCGUCCUGCUGGUGAAGGUCCGCCGGCACCUGGCUCUCUGGGACCAGUAUGUGGACUUCAUUUGUGACGUCGACUCCAGUGACCUCGACGACCUCCUGACCCAAGCGAUGGAGGAGUUCGGAUGGCCCGGAGAUGUUGCUGAAGUGUCGGAAGAGAAAUAUAUGACAAACACUUCCCUUGACUGCUCUUUCGUCUUCAAUCAGUCGAGACUCCUCCACCAAGAGGUGGACGUCCUCGUGACGCGGUACAUCCAGGACGAGGCAGCAAGGUCGCGUUUGCUAAGUUGUGCGAAGGACGCCGUCAACUCCACCGCCUGGCUGCAGCUCAGAGGGCUAAUCAAGGCAGCAGGCGACGUCAUGGCCCUGGGCCCCAUCGGCAACCUGACGACGGCGCUCACCACGGCGCUCUCCAAACUCUCGGCCUCGUCGUCGACUCUGAGGGCGCUCAACUCCAGGCUGGCCGCUCGUGUUCCCUUCGCCAGCAUCCUCGUCAGGGACUUCGAGGAGGAGCUCAAUAUGAGUGCGAAGAUCACGGCCAUGAUUAGGAACGAUCUCUUGGUGGACGUCAACCGGAUCUAUGGGGCGGACUCGCACACCCUUGCCGCUCUUCUGUCAUCCGUGGACAACCUGAAGAAAGUAAUACGGAAAAGAGGCGACACAGGGACAAGCGGAAUAACCAAGAGAAACACGGAUGACAUGGAAGAGCUGUUCCAGGCCAUCCAAGCCAUGGGCGCUGACGCAUUCUCGGAGAAAAUUCUUCAGAAUGUUAAUCACACCUAUUUGUUGGCUGAGAUUGACAGGCUAAGAAUUGAGGCGCUAUUGACAUCUGCCUGGCUGGCUCCAGUGACCACGUAUAUGACAGAUGCCGUGUCAAGCUUAUCAGAUCUGAGUGAGCUUGGAGCCGUUAUGGACAUCAGCAAGAUAAUUUCUGGCGAAGUCGACCCCGUCAGCUUCCUAACAGGGUCGGUGCAGCUGCUGCAGAUGAAGAUGUGGGAAAAUCUUGGAAACAGCUUCCUGGGUAUCCUGAGUCAGGGCGCGGAUAUCAUAGCGGGGUCGAAACUGGAGGACGACCUCAUGCAAGUGGUCAAGGGCAUUGCGGGCCUGCAAGCUGCUAGCAACCUCGGCACGAUGGACUUCACUAUCCCCACCACGGCCAUGAUCGCCAACUGGACGGCCAUGGCGGAAUACCUGACGGAGGAACUGGACAUAGAGGAGCUUGUGGUCGAGGCUCUGAGUCGCUCGGAACUCAAUCUGAUGGCGGUCCUAUCCCUGGAGGACGUAACCCUAGAAGAGGUCAUCUGCGAGGCCAACCAGGUCAUCCGCGUGGUGACCCUGGCCGCGGACAGCCCCGUGACCCCGGCCAACCUAAGUGCUUCCCUCUGCCACUCCACCGACGCCGAGGCUCUGGCGGCGACGUUCCUGCAGCACCUCGACCUCGGGCCUCUCAUCCAAACGCUGACGAAGUUCGGCAUCAACGCCACCCUUGCCUCCCGGGGAAUGAGCCUUGACCAGCUCGUGAACGACAUGGCGGCGCUGAGCACGAUGUCCAAGAGUCUGCCCAACAUGGCCUCCACCUUCAGCGCCCUCCACGGUAUCAUGAAGACCCUCAGGCAGGACGUGGCGGAGCUGAAUAAGCAGGAAGAUCAUGCUGCUCUCCUCGGCAACAGCACGACGGGGUCGGUGCUGGGGGAUCUUUCAUCCCCGAAAUUCCUGGAGCGAGCCGGCGAGGUGCUGUGUGGGCGUCCUCUGCGCCUCGUGCCCGAUACCCUGGGCGUGCUCUUUGCGGACGAGAACAAGAAACCGCGGCGGCUGAGCAACACGAGCGACAUCUGCACCAGACUGUACGAGGAGCUGGAGGCGCUGCCGGGGGGCAAGGUGAUCCUGCACUUCGUCAAGCCGCUGCUCAUUGGCAAGAUUUACUUCACGCCCGAUAACGCCGUCACGCGCAGGAUUAUCGAGCAGGCCAACGAGACCUUCGUCAAUGUAGCGAGCCAAAGGGCGGCUCUGAGGCAGCUUCGGGAAGGCACGCGGAACCUUACUAGUCUUAACUUUAAGGCUGAGGACCUCAAGAAACUGGAGGAGGCGCUUUCGAUGCCCUGGGUGAAGGGGAUAAUGGCGCAGUUCCUUCCGGAGGCUUUGGCUCUUCAGGCAGACGGCGACCUUGACGAAGUCGCUCCUCGCCUGCAGGACGCCAUCAACUUGAUGACGGAGUUCCCCGAUAUUCUGGACAUCGGGGAGAAGCUCAUGUCCUGCAUGAACCUGCAAAGGUUCCAAGCCGUUGCCAGCGAAGACGAAAUGCUCAGGGAAGCCAACUUGGUAGUCGACACGUUCGGGUUCCUUGCGGGCGUUGUGUUCGAAGGCGUAGGAAAGACGGGAGACACUGACGAGACGGUUCCCUGCAAAACUCAAGUACGCCAUAAGAGUUGACUACGAGAAAACUCCAUCGACUUUCAACUUAGGGCCAAGGUACUGGCGACCAGGACCUUAUUCCAACAUGGCGGUGCACAUGCGGUACCAUCAGGGAUUCCUUCUGCUGCAGGAGAUGAUGGACAGCGCCAUCCUCAGACUGCAGUACUGGACCAACAAUCCUCAAGACGCAGAGUCGG